ACAUAUAUCGUAUCGAUAUAACUAUAUCGAGUAUAACUCGUCUAAUUAAACGUUUGCUGCACGUUCCGCCUUCUGCUGCUGCAUAACAGUUUAAUUUAUUGAACAUUGUGUUAAUCACCGCAAAAGAAACCUGAUCGAAUUUCAUUCUACUUCUCAGUCAAUUAAUAUAAAUAAUGCGAUUUAUCUGCAUAAACCAGUUCAUAAAUAUGUAUUUUAUAUGUGUGUGCACUUCCUGAACCUUGGUCUAAUUUUAAACACUUUCCAAAUGUGGCACACAAAACCCGAACCUACGACAAUAUUUCAUGUGUGUAAUAUGUAAUAAAUUCACCUAUUGAGAGUAUGGAUUAAUUAAUACCCUAUAACAUUACUCAACUAUAUAAAAUGUAUAUGUAGUUAAAAGAAAUUAAUAGCCAAAUGCAAAAUUAGAAUACCCCAUUUAUUUGUGGCCAUUGUUCCGGGGUAUUAUUGUCAUAAAACACCAAAUUAAUUUGGCAUUUUGGCUAUUCAAUCUUCAGUUGGUGUGCAAAAAGUGAGAGGGAGGGAAGACAGUCGCUAAAGCUACAGCGACUUCGUCUUCUUCUUCGUUUUCGUCUUUUUCUUAUUCGACUUUUGGCUACGACUUAAGACAUUGCCAUUAACAUUGAAGUGCUAAUUUUUGGCUAGCCCAUCAAUGAUUAUGACGUCAAACGUUGUAUCUCAGCCAACGAAUAACCGGUAAUAUCUUCGUCUGGGUCGCAUCCAUCGCUGGGCCAAGACGCUGCGUGUGCAAGCGAGAUGGCUUAACUGGCCAAAACCCAAAAAUAAGAAAAAACAAAACUACAGUUAACCAGAUUGUGAUGCUAACCUUGAGGUUGCGAAUAUUAUAAUAAUUAAAAAAAAAAUAAAAAAAAAAUAAAAAGCACCACAAAUAAAACAAAAGCAAAAGCAAAGAAAAGAUCCACGUGCUUGUCCGUAAUCUCAGCAUUUAUUUGGGUUUCUGUGUCUUUGAAAAGGGAAAGUGAAGCAUGAUUGUAUCUCGGUUGACAACAAACAAUGAUUAAAUGCCCACAUUAAAUUUAGAACUUUUCAAAUUAAUUAACCAUCCGUCCACAAAAAUAUGCAAAGCAGCCGAGAGUCACGCAUUAGUUUUUUGCAAACAAAUUAAUGUAUUCAUUAGGCAUUUGGACUGUAUUUGCAUAGGCAUUAAUACAAAUUCGGACAAUGCGAAUAACUAGUUUUUGUUUCGCGAUGUCAGUGCAGAUUACACAUGCGAGAGUUGAGUAUAAAUAUCGAGGCGAUCUGCCUCAAAAUGUAUAGUCACCUUUGAUAUCUCAAACGCACUACAACCUUAAACCAAACAUGAAGUUCCUCGUCGUCUUCGUCGCCCUCUUCGCCCUGGCCGUGGCUAGCCCAGUUAAUCCUGAUGCAGAUGCAGUUGUCCUGAGACAGGAUGCCGAUGUUGGACCUGUAAGCUUCAAAUACGCUGUCGAAACCUCGAAUGGCAUCAAGGAGGAGAGCGAAGGUCAUCUUGAGAAUGAAGGUACAGAGGAAGAGGGUAUUGCAGUGCGCGGAAGCUACAGCUUCGUCGCCGACGAUGGUGUCACUUACACCGUCACUUACACCGCCGGUAAGGACGGUUACCAACCACAGGGUGCUCAUCUGCCCGUUGCCCCCCGAAGCUUAAGAAACUUCAGUUUUAAAAUAAAUUGAUUAUUGUUAAAAAAAAAGAGGAUAUUUUUCUAUGAACUCUUUGAAGUGCA